UUCAUUCGCAUCAAAAAAUUUCGUGAAAAAUUUUUAAACAAAUAAUUUCGAACCAAAAAUUGCGAAAAUGUGUUCAAAAUCGAGCAAUUUUCAGGGAAUUUCGUGCCCAUUGUGUUGUCAAUCGAAUUUCCAAACGAUCGAAUCGCUAAAGAUGAGUUUAAUAAAAGUCGUAAGUCGCCCACUAAAGUGCCCAUUGUGCGAAGAAAUCGUUCUCGGUUUAGACAAAUUGACGAUACAUUUAUUUGCGCAUUCGCUCCCGAGCGAAGAAACGUCGUCAGAACCAGUUGUUGUUACUGAGAGACCUGUCAUCGUGCCUCAAAUUGAGAAAAUAACGCCAAAGAGUUCGACGCAAGAAUUAAAAUCCGUGAGAAAAACCAAAACAAAGUCAGUGGUUGGACCGAAACCGCCUGAAAUAAUUUCUUCGAACGUCGUGAAGUUGGAAAAUUUGACUGAAUGUGAAAUUUGCAGCAUUUCCUUCCCAAAUCAGAAUUUGUUGAAAAUGCAUAUGGAACUUGUGCACGAAAUCAGUGACGUUGACAGAGCUUCAAGGAACGACGACUUGAAAUACGGCUGCAAUUUAUGCACAAAAUCCUUCAAAAUGAAAGGCUCACUGAGAAUCCAUCUCAAAGUCGCUCAUUAUGGAUUUCGCAUGAAAAAUAUGGAUUCGCCAGGUCCCUCAACGUCAAAUGUCAAGCCAGAAAUUGAUCCGCCGCCAAAGUACAUUGCCCCGAAUGACGCCAAAAAAUACGAAUUAAUAAAAAAUUCGCUACCAAAAUCGUUGGCGGACAACAAUUCGUGCGAAAUUUGCGGAAAAUCCUUCACCACGAAAUAUUUCCUCAAAAAACAUAAGCGGUUACAUACGGGUGAACAGCCAUACACUUGCAACAUUUGUCAGAAGUCAUUUACGUUUCAGCAAUCGUACCAUAAACAUUUGUUAUAUCACAACGACGAGAAGCCUCACAUUUGUACAGUCUGCAAUCGGGCAUUCAAGGAAUUGUCGACGCUGCAUAAUCAUGAAAGGAUUCACAGUGGCGAAAAACCGUUCAAAUGUGAGACAUGCGGAAAAUGUUUCAGACAACGAGUUUCUUAUUUAGUUCACCGUCGCAUUCAUACAGGAGUCAUGCCAUAUUGCUGCACCGCUUGCAACAAAACCUUCCGUUACAAAGUCUCUCAACGAACUCACAAAUGCACUGCACAACCGCCGGGCACUGUCGUUCGUCAAACGGGCGAUCUCUUGCAAAAACUCUUAAACAAUGUCACACUGAACGCCGGGCAAACGAAAGAACUCGACCAAAUUCUGCCAUCAACAACUGAAGACUCAAUCGCAAAAACUUUGGACGAUCUCGUGAACGAAUCUUGCAACAAAAUGGGUCUCGAAGAAUGGCACAUGGAAAGUCAACCCGAAACACUUUUAAAUGUCCCAUCGCCAUCGGAAUACAUGAAAAAUUUGUGCCUAACUGAAGCACAUGCUUUUGAAAAUUCCCCGGACUCUCAGGAAUUAAUUUAUAAUAUUCAGUAAAAAAAAAAUAAAUUCACCUUGAAUUUGUGUCACUUUCUUUGUUGUUGCUCAAUUUACGAGUUAAAGUAGCUGCAGGACUAUUUUUGUCAAAAUUUUUCACA